UCCCUGGCUCGCUCGCUGGAUGCGGGAUCGCGCCAAAGACAAAACAGCAGCAGCAGCAUCCACACAACCACACAGCACAGCAGCGUCAUCACCGUUCGUCAAGCUGCAGUGCCAACAAUCCGCAGCGUGUGUCCUUCUGUCGCUCUGAUCUAGGCUCCAUCGACUUUGCUCCCACUCCGGCGCAAGCAUGUCGCAGAAUGAGUUCCUCAAAAACACGCCAGAAUUCAUAGAGACCAACCUACAGGAGAGCUUGCUCGCACGCCAGGAGAGCAGUGCAGCCUUCAAGGAACUCGGCCCACCAGAUCUCGUGCAUCUCGCCAAGUCCAGUGGGCGACCCAAUGCAAAAGAUGUGGGGUCUUACCAUUUCGUUACGGGUGUGGAUGCCUCUUCCUCUGCAUCCCUGGCUGCCUAUCUCAAUACAUUGACGUAUGCACUCGGUGAAGGAAAGUACAGUGGCAAGUCUGGUGGUUGGCGCAUCGCUACAGGUAUCUACUGCUGCUACAAUGCCUUUUCUCGCGUGGACAUGCGUGUCGAGGUGAAAUUCCCAGGCAAGACGGAGGCCUACAGUAUAGAUGAUCGGGGCACCAAGCACGAGAAUCCAACAGCCGAGAUGUGGCUAGAGACGUACCUGUCUGCAGUGGUGCGAGCGAUUCUUUAUUCAGACGAUGCAACGUAUCGCCUGACGGGCUGGCGAAAGCUCGACCCUGUACCAGACCUCGACAGCGAGACGCGAUUCUUGGAAGCUGCUGAAAAGUUGUUUGAGAAUGGCUGGCAGCUUGGCAGCGAUCCAGACGUGCAAAUUGCAACCUCAACGACAAAUCACUUGACGUCUGCCUUGCUGCAGUACUUUAGAUACACAGGUCGCGGACUCAGCGCUGUCAAUCUGUUUGAGAAGCUGCGAGAGCGCAAUCCAGAAGUCUCUACGUUGUUGGUGAAGGCCUAUCUGGACAUGGACGAGGAGAUCAAAGCCGUCAACCUCAUGUGCGAUGCCUUGCUCAAAGUCCCUCUCAACUAUGCGCUCUUGGAUGUUCAGUGCGACUAUCUCAUGCAAAAAGGCCGCGGCGAUCUCGCGCUACAAAUCGCAAAACGCGCCGUCAACUGUGCACCUAGUGAAUUCAGCUCUUGGGCUCGCCUGACUGAAGUCUACAUUCUGCUCGACGAGUAUGAGCAGGCUCUCCUCACACUCAAUGCCUGCCCAAUGUUUACAUUCUACGAAAAGGACAACUAUCGACUUCCUGUUGCCAAGACUGCGUCAUUGCCAACACCGCCUGCAGCAGACACGGAUGAGAUUGCCAAUGAAGUGAAUGUCGCGUCUAGUGAUGCCGAUCAAGCACUCCUGCGGCUACCAGCACCAGCACUUCGUGGAACAUUUGCACGUGCCUAUGAGCUACUCACGAAGCUUGUUACAAAAGUUGGUUGGGAUGCUUUGCUCAAGUCACGGUCACAAGUUUUUGUGAUGGAAGAAGAGUAUCGUUCACAAAAGGCACCUGCAGCAGGCAGUGUCUCUGUCAAUGGCACAACACACGCAGAUGAUGAUGAAGAUAAACCAGAUGAGGUGACCUUGGCUGAGCCUGUGAUUGCACACACAGCGAGUGAGGAAGAAAAGCCAGAAGGCAGUCAAAUCAAAGCUGAACCACAACCCAGUUUCCAGGAUAAACGCCUGUGUGAGCGCUGGCUCGACAACUUGUUUAUGGUGCUGUAUGAAGAUCUUCGCGUCUACACCAUUUGGCGUGCAGAAUCAACGCACUUCAAAUCGCAAAACUUGAGUUACCGCAAGACGGGGCUUGAGUGGGAGAUUCUCGGUGAUUUGGCAUGGCGUCUUCAACACGAGCAAGAGGCGGAGGAAGCCUAUCAAGCUGCAGUGGAACAACAAUUCAGCAUCAAGGCUUGGCGUCGCUUGUUGGAGAUUUAUCAAGACCGGAGUGACUAUGAGAAUGCCUUGACCUGCGUGGUCAAGUCUACGACGCAGCAGCACCGAUGGUAUCAAGAGUACUCGCCUGAGCUACUUCGACGUAUGCGGCGUAUGAUUGAUGAUGAGGGACUUGUCAAGGUGCAGAAUGUGAUUGCCAGCAAGACACUGCCGAGGCCGGCCUUGGAUCUCAUGAACCGCUACUUCUCAUUCGCUGUGCGGUUCCAGGUAGAGGGUGCUGCUGUGGCAAGCAAUUAGCUAUAUCUAUAUAGUUGCCCAGUCUGAUAGAGCCCGGCAGAAUAGACUGUCGGAUCUGUGCACUUUUGAUGUAGUCCAGGCCUCGUGUCGGGUCUCUUUCUCCACUUUCGCUUCCUCACGCGCAGAAAAGCAAACGGCGACACUCGACUGUGACCAGCAUCAGCCUGUAUUCUACAGCGUCAGCCCUCUCAGCUGUAGGCCCGGUCGUUCCAAUAGCAGCAGGACAAUCAGCGGAUAGAUUUCACAGAACUUCUCCGAAGAGUCAUUAACAUUUUGGACCCUUGGGUCACCGUUGCACCAA